AUGUUCACCGUGUUAAGAACGAAAUUCGUGAUCAUACGAGGACACAGAGAUGCAGAAGCCAAGUUGCAAUCUAGCUAUCAGACAAGAAAUGCUGUCAAACCCGAGUUUCAGAGUGACCUAAACCCAGCCUGUCUCAGUUAUCCCAAGAAGCAACGCCCACACCCUGCCGCCAGGCUGGAUGACGACACCUCUCUGCAUUGGAAGGAAGCAGAAAAGCCAAAGUUUACAUUCGCCCCCGGCUCCCAGCCGCGACUGGAGGUGCGAGCCUGGCGUGGUCAGGGGGCUGCCCUGCGGGUCAGCGGCACCGCAGAUCGCCCGGACACGGCCGCUUGCGGGGCCAGCCCCAUCAGGCAGGGCCGGCCAAGCUGCCAGCGGGAUGCAGGCGCAGCCCCCUCCUGCCGACCCCCGACCGCGGUGGAGGGACUGUGGCGCAGCAUAACCCAAACCUGCCGCCUCAGCCGGACACAGCCCCCGAGCAGAGGGGCGCGGCAGGGCCAGGCAGGGAGUGAGAGGUGUAGAGAGCGGGAGAGGGAGGCAAAGGGGCGGGCGAGGGGAACAGGACGGCGGUGGACACCGCCCGCCGCCGGGAAAGGCCUCGCCCUGCCGCCCGCCGCCGAGAGAAGGGCACUCACCGCCCGCUACCGCCGGCCCGCCCGCCGCCCAGGGCUCGCCAUUGUGGCGCGACGGAAGCGGCGCUGCUCCCUCGGCGCGCCCGAGUCGCGCGCGUCUUCCGGCAGCGCGGGCCCGCCCUCCCUCCGCGCCCGGCGGGGCGGGACGGGACGGGGCGGCGGGGACGGGGACACGGCCCGGCUCUGCGUGGGCUCCAACAGCGUGCCUGGCCGGAAACCGAGGUGUCAAGUAGACCAUGGUGCGGCUGCGGUACCAAACAUGAAAAUGUUUCUGAACCCUGCCUUGCCUCCUUCUUCCAUAAAACUGUUGAGUGGCUGCAGGCUCAAGAUGUUUCGUAUCAUAUUAACUGUGGAGAUUCCCGGUGCACACCUGGCACCUCAGGCUACAAGUUGUGUGUUAAAUGAGGUAAGGGAGAAGAGCCAAACCCUGUGAGAAGGGGAGUAUUUCUUUUUCUUCACAAGUGACUCUGCAGUGCUAACUCCUCCUGGGGAAGCACCAGCACAGUCCCAGCAAUCCUGAGGGGGUCAUCUCUGCCAAUGGCCAUAAUGGAUUCAAUGGCACUAGCAGAAUAGGCAUCUACAAUGACUCAAAGUAUUUCAUCAUUCCAUUGUGAAACUGCCUGCCCUGGGGGAGGUACUUAGCAUUCCCACCUGAAUCUGACUGUAUAAUCUUGGUGAUUGGAGACUUGAGACCCCUACUACACCUGGAUGGAUCCAGAGGAGGACCAGCACUUUUGACUGCAACCAUCACUUCAACACGACUGCAAUCACCACUCGACCACCACUUGGCCAACAAGUCAGCUGUAGUCUGACUUUAUGGGUCUAAGCCAGUUUCAGUGUGUAUUAUUGCAUUAUUGUAAUCUUUCUAUUAAAUUCUAACUUGGACCUGAAAUCUCUCUCAAGGUAAUUGUGCGGACUUCAUUUCUCCCACCAGUUUACUUUCAAACCAGACAAAUGUCCCAAUACCUUUUGCUUAGUUUUUAACAGCCAUUCAGCUUUCCUGGAGGCUGGUGCAUAACAGGGAAUGUGAUCACCUGGUUGAUGAUGUGCCCCUUGGCCAGGCUACAAGUUUGCUUCAGGAAUGAGUCGUUUCAGUCACCAACACACUUGCUCUUUAAGGCCCAAAACAAUAAUCCAAGCAGUGGCAUGGGUCACAGGGUAUGUUUCUAACCAUUCAGUAGUCACUUCCAUCACUGUAAGCAGAUGGUGAUUGCCAUGGCAAGUUCAUGGUAUCCUGAUAAAAUCAGUCUGCCAAGCUUCCCUGUGUUGAUAUUUCAGCCAUCAUCUUCAAUAUCAAAAAGGCUUUAGCUCUUGGCCUAUUUAAUUAUGGUGUUAUGGGUGCAGACAAUUGGUCUGAACUUAGGCUUCAGGCUUUGCCAGUGUCUGUGUAAAAGGCAGGCGAGCAACUUUCUCAUUCUGACCUGAGAAAAUCUUAAGGAGGAAUUCAAACCAAUUUUAGGAAGUGAGAAACCAUCCACAAGUGGUGUUUUUCUAACAUGUUUACUGGCAAAAGGUGUUUACAAAAAGGUGUACACUCUGAUGACCAAUCAUGUUCUUUGUACCGAACUACUCUGUAAAAAGAGAAUUUAGAAGAAUAAAGUUUGCUCU